UUCAGCCUCAGAAAAAAACAGAGCCCCAUUUGCUGACUUUCAUUCACAUUCAUGUUCACAGUAGUCUCCAUGUGGUUGGGCAAUAUAUUCAUCGAAAUCGGUUUUUGAUAUAAAAGAGGAUAGGAAGGAACAUGAACAGCGGAACCCCAACAUAAUAUUCAACAUAUAUACAACCGAUCGACAAGAAAAUGUCGAACUUCCUGCAAAGCUUGCUGCAUCCCUUUGUUUUAGCCAUCUUGGCCUUCACCUUAAUAUUCCUAUUCAAAUGGUCGUCCUCGUCCACCAAAAAGAACUCACCACCUUCACCACUAAAGCUCCCAAUCGUCGGAAACCUCCACCAACUCGGCUCGCAGCCUCACCAUUCACUCAGAUCCUUAGCUCAACGCCAUGGCCCCCUCAUGCUGCUUCACUUUGGCAGCGUACCAACCCUUGUUGCCUCGUCUGCUGAUGCUGCCCGCGAGAUCAUGAAGACCCAUGACCUAAUCUUUUCGAACCGGCCCAAAUCAAGCAUGUCCGAGAAACUACUAUACAAUUACAAAGAUGUUGCGUCGGCCCCCUAUGGCGAGUACUGGAGGCAGAUGAAAAGCCUAUCAGUGCUACAUCUUUUGAGUAACAAAAGGGUUCAGUCCUUUCGGGCAGUGAGAGAGGAGGAAACUUUUCUAGUGAUUGAGAAAAUCAAACAGUCUUGCUCUUCAGCUUCUGUGAAUUUAAGCGAAGUGUUUGCAAACCUUACUAAUGAUGUAGUGUGUAGGGUGGCUUUGGGGAGGAAGUAUAGUUCAGGGGAAGGUGGAAGGAAGUUUAAGGAGUUUUUGGGCGACUUCGCGGAGUUGUUGGGUGGUGUAAGUGUGGGGGAUUAUAUUCCAUGGCUAGCUUGGGUGAGCCGUGUCAAUGGAUUGGAUGCUAGAGCAGAGAAAGUGGCUAAACAGUUUGAUGAUUUUCUAGAAGGAGUAAUUGAAGAACACCAAAAUUGUCAGAGGAGAGGGGGCAAUGGCAAUGGGAGUCUAGAAAAUGAAGGCCAAAAGGAUUUUGUGGACGUUUUGCUUCAAAUUCAAAAGGAAAACGUGAUUGGUUUCCCUAUUGACAGAGUUAGCAUCAAGGCUCUAAUCCUGGAUGCAUUUGCUGCCGGUACCGACACUACGUACACAGCCUUAGAGUGGGCAAUGACAGAGCUCCUAAGGCACCCCAAGGCUAUGAAGAAGGUGCAGAAUGAGGUGAGAGGGAUCAGUAGCAACAAAAAGGACAUAACAGAGGAUGAUUUGGAUAAUAUGCAUUACUUGAAGGCAGUGAUCAAAGAGGCAUUUCGCUUCCAUCCUCCUAUUCCACUGUUAGUUCCCCGAGAAUCAACUCAAAAUGUAAAAAUACAAGGCUAUGACAUUGCUGUUGGAACACAAGUAAUUAUCAAUGCAUGGGCAAUUGGAAGAGACCCUACGUCGUGGGAAGAACCAGAGGAGUUUAAGCCAGAAAGGUUCUUGACAUCUAGUAUAGAUUUUAGAGGACUUGACUUCCAAUUUAUUCCAUUUGGCGCUGGAAGGAGGGGUUGCCCCGGAAUCUCCUUUGCCGUGACCACUAUCGAGCUUGUUCUAGCAAAUCUGCUGCACAACUUUGAUUGGACAUUGCCGGGUGGAGCAAGAGGAGAGGAUUUGGACGUGACUGAAUCUACUGGUCUAUCCAUUCAUAAAAAAUUUCCCCUUACAGCAGUUGCAACUCCUUAUUGUGGCUAGUAUAUAUUAUAUAGUACUAGUAACAGAAGAAUCCCCAGGUUCAGUUUGGCUAGCUAGCAAGAAUCACAAUUGUUACCUGUAAGAGCAAUAAAGGAGUUUGAAAAUAAAAUAUGAACUUUCUCAUUUGAA